AGAGAAAAUUUAUCAAAUUUAAUUUGUUUUUUAUUGCCCUAAAACCAAGAAAAAAAUUUCUAAUUAACUAUGAAAAGGCAAACAUAUAAAAUUUUUUUAACAUCUACAAUAUAAGCUUACUCCAGCUUGUCUUUAAAUAUUAUUUUAUUUUAGGCACACAAAGAGCACAUAAAAAAUGGGCUCACAAACUCUAGAAAUUAUGAGACAAGGAUUUUGGGCUUCUUUCACUGGCGGUUGGUUUUUUGAUCCACACCAAGAGAUAUUUUGUAACACAUUUCACAUGUACUUAUGGCUGUGUCUGCUGUUGGCACCAUUUGUAAUCUAUUUGACAGCGGAGACAACUGUUUUACCACUUAUCCUUUAUCCAAUAUGUAUAUGUGUAAUAUUUUCUGUUAUAAAAUUUAUCAACUAUAAACUUCACAUUCUCUUUGAUGGUGAAGAGCUUUUGGAAGAAAGAAUAUCAAAGAAAAGAAGUGGAAAUCUUCAGAAGGUUACAAAACUAAGUAAAAGUGAAGAAGAACGAGAUGUAGAACUGGAUAUUUUUAAAUUUAUAGAUCCCUCUAUAUCCCAAAGUAACAUAACAAAAGUAGAUGUGGAAACUCCACACAUUAGUUUGAAAGAAGAGAUGGACGAUGCUUUAAAAAAGAGCAAGGAAGAAAAUAAUGAAAUGGAAGAAUGUCCAAUACCUGAAAUACCAGAUAAUAGUUCGUCGUCCUAUACAGAACUUGUAACUGCUACUACGCCUCACAAAUAUUCACAAGAGAAGGCAUGCAUUGUUGAUUUACACCAUACUAAGUUACCAUAUAAAAAAGAUGAACUGGAGUUGCAGAAUAAUGCUAAGAGCUGUGAUGAAACAGAAAUAGAGAAUGAUGCACCAGUACCACCAGAAUAUUUGACCAGAAAUGAUGAUGACAACUAUCUUAUUAUUGCUAAUGAACCAACUGUUUCAGAUUUUCAGGGCACCUCUGAUCCUGGUUCUAAUAAUGUAAAAAUCACAGGAGAACAAUUUCCUCUAAAUUUGCAUAAACUUGUUGAAAGUAGCAGUGGUGAUUCAUCUUGGGCAAGCAGUAGCAUAUUCUCAAGUGAAGGCGAAGCUGUGGAUGUAAAAGCCAACUUUAUGCCUGUGGAUGCUUCAGGACCUCAAUCAUUAAUUGCGGACAGUGACAUAGGUGAAGUUAAAUCUGAAAACACGUUGUCAACUUUAAAAAAAAUGGAUGAAUUUGAGUCUGAAACUGAUAAAACUGUAUCGCUUCCAGCUUUAGAGACUAAGGAUAAUACAAAGCGAAAAGAACAGUCAAAUAGAUAUAACAGCAGUGGAGCUAGACCAAGAAUGCCUCAAAAUGUUGGGUUUUCACUGCCAGAAAUUGAAGCAUCAACUAUGGAUGAUAAUAAAGUUUCUUUGCAACUCGAAUCUGAAGAUUUAUCGAAAUCUGAUAAUGCAUUUGCGGAUGGUAAAAAUGAUAAUUUGGAAUUUAUCACUGAUGAUACAGAAGUAGAUCUGAGUAAUAAGACAGGUGAAAUUCAUGCAAACAGACCAAGACGCAUGGGAGCAUUCAGAGCUAGCGGAGGUGACCAUCGUCCUCAACUGCGUUUUCGUCAUCGUGCAAAUUCUGAAUCCCCUGGUGCUUCCUUGUUACAAAGUGAAACAGAACCUGUUGAGGGUACAUCUGACAGCAGACAUUUUGCAGUCUCACAUGAAGACACAAGUUCUGGAGCUGUUCAUUAUUUCCAGGAUGAAUAUGGAUGCUGGUAUUCAUAUGCAUUUGGAGAUUCUGGUGCACAACCAGUGCAGUCAAGAUCAUUUUUAGCAGAUGGUUUACCAGAUAUGAUGUCAGUUGAAACUAUUCCAAAAAGGAGGGAUUCUAUUGGAAGUAGUUUAUCACAACAAGAUUUAGAGCUUGUAUUGCGAGAGCGGACAAGUCAACUUUCAGGCACACCACUGCGAUGGCGAAAUCAUUCAAAUCCAUUUUUUACUGGACAAUUUGGGGAAAAUAAACUAGUUAUUCGUGUUGAAGAACCAACUCCAAAGAAGUAUUACAUGCUACCCAUAAUAAAAUCAUAUUCAGUGAAGAUUUCAUUUGAUCGACUUGCUUUACUUGCGAUUUUGGAUAGAAACAAGAAUGUGACUCAAUCAAUAUUAUCUGUGGUAUUAGCUACCUUAGUUGCUCUACUUGGUUACAUCUUGCUGUCAAGAGAUUACUUCUAUGACUUCUGGUUAUUUGUGAUGUGUUUCGUGAUAGCAAAGUGUCAGUUUUCUUUAUUGAAGAGUGUGCAACCAGAUUCUGCAUCACCAAUACAUGGUCACAACAAUACUAUAGUGUUCAGCCGUGCCAUAUACUUCUGCAUUACAGCAGUAUUAAUCAUUGGUAUAGACGAAGCAGCUUCAUUGGAUCCAAUUUCCCAUACAUUGUACGGCAUACCAUUGUUUUCAAGGUCCAGUUUGCUUUUUGCAAAAGAUUUGUUGAUAGCUUUUAUGUUGGGAUUCCCGUUGUUGUUUGUAUUUGGUCUACUACCACAAGUAAAUACAUUAACAAUGCAUGUGCUGGAACAAUUUGAUAUCCACAUAUUUGGAGGGAGUGCAAUGACCAGCAUGUUAUCUUCAUUCUAUUCUAUCAUGAGAAGCAUUUUAUGUGUUACCGUAUUAUCAACAAUCUGCUAUGUCCCUCUUAAACUCACGGAAGAUGGAAAAGAAAAAGGGCAGCAUGUCAUGUUUUCUGUCUUCUCUGGCGUGUUGAUGUCUGUUUCUUAUCACUUGAGCCGAUCAACAAGCAAUCCUGAAAUAAUGUUCCUGGGUUUAAAAAGAAAUUUUUGUUGUACUGAACCUCCAAAACCAAAUAAUGACGCAGAAAUUGAUGACCCGCUUCCAGAAAAACUAGUGGAAACUGUACGAACUCGAUUAGUGCAUGAUGGGAUAGUGUGUAUUGUUGUCGCUUUUGUUGUGUUUGCAGUACAUGUUAGUACGGUGUUCACUUCACUACAACCUAUGCUAAGUUACAUUCUGUUUGGCGUUACUGGUACUUUAGGCGUGUUGAUACAUUACGUCAUACCACAACUCCGGAAACAGUUGCCAUGGUUAUUAGUAGCUUCUCCAAUUUUUAAAUCGUACGAACAUCAUCUCUACGAAUGGCAAGAACAUUCUAGAAUUAUGUGGUUUGAAAAAAUGUAUGUAUGGUUGUCUAUUGGCGAGAAGAAUAUUCUCUAUCCAAUGGUUUGUAUGAGUGCAAUGACUUAUCAUGCUGAUGAAAUAGUGGAGAAAUUCGGCCCACUAUUUGCUGCUUUCCUGAUUACAAUAACUAGUUUAAAGCUAUUGAGAUCAUGCUUCACGAAUGCACCACGUCAGCACAUCAUACUUAUAUGGACUGUGCUGUUUUUCAACUUUGACUAUGAUGGAUACUCUGAAACGUUUUUGGUGGAUUAUUUUGUGAUGUCAAUAUUCGUAGAUAAGAUGUUGGAACUGUUCCUGAAAUUCAAAUUUAUUUUAACAUACUCAGCACCGUGGCAAAUAACGUGGGGUUCAGCCUUUCAUGCUUUUGCUCAACCUGUCAGUCUUCCACAUUGUGGUAUGUUAUUCGUUCAAGCUGUUGUGUCAGCAUUUUUUUCUUCUCCGUUGAAUCCUUUACUGGGUAGCGCAAUCUUUAUUACCUCCUACAUGAGACCGAUCAAAUUCUGGGAGAAAGACUACAAUACUAAGCGAGUCGACCAUUCCAACACUCGAUUAUCUUCACAUAUAGAAAGCAACCCAGGUGCGGACGAUAACAAUUUAAAUUCGAUAUUCUACGAACACCUGACACGAUCGCUGCAACAUAGUCUAUGUGGAGAUUUACUGCUUGGAAGAUGGGGGAAUUUCUCCAGUGGAGAUUGUUUCAUAAUGGCGUCGGACUACUUAAAUGCAUUGGUUCACAUCAUAGAAGUUGGAAAUGGAUAUAUCACUUUUCAGUUGCGAGGAUUAGAGUUUCGAGGUACAUACUGCCAACAACGUGAAGUGGAAGCCAUCACAGAAAACGUGAACGACGAUAAAGGUUGUUGCUGCUUAAAUCCGGGCCACCUAAACAACAUGUUGUCGUUGAAUGCUGCGUUUAGUCAGCGAUGGUUAGCAUGGGAAGUCGCGCAAAGUAAAUAUAUAUUAGAAGGUUACAGUGUGAGUGACAACACGGCGACAACCAUGUUUCAAAUGUUUGACCUGAGAAAGAUCUUCAUUACGUAUUAUGUCACGUCCAUAAUUUUUUACUGCGUAAGAAACAAGAAAUUAAAGACUUGGCUCGAUGAUUCAGCUUUAAUGGAGCAACUGAAUGAACUUGUGAGUCCAUCAUUUGUGGAUUUAGAUACUAUAUUUCGACCGGUAACCGACAAAGAUUACGAUUUGGGCCGUGGUGGUAUUUCGAGACACUCUUUUUGUCAAAACUAUCGUGAGUGGUUGGUGUGUUGUAACAAACAUCGAGGGACUGAAGAUCAAGUGAAAGAAGAUGGCGUCGAGAGUAAACUUGUCACCCUAUGUUUUGCGUUAAGUUUACUUGGAAGACGACUUCUCUCUACAGCUUCUAACAACCAAUGGAAUCCCGCUUUGAAGUCAUUUCUACAUGGACUACACGCACUGUUCAAGGGCGAUUUUCGCGUAACUGCAGCUAAAGACGAAUGGGUUUUCUCCGAUCCAGAUUUAGCUUUAUUAAGAAUGGUCGUUGCACCGGCCGUUAGGAUGGCGUUAAAAUUACAUCAGGAUCAUUUCACAUGUGUCGAUGAAUUUGAAGACAAUAAUGUGUUGUACGAUACCAUUUCACAACACGAGAAUCAAUUCGUCAUUUGUCACGAAGGACAUCCUGCAUGGAGACAAGCUGUCCUGCAUAAUAAACCAAACUUGCUAGCUCUGAGGUAUGUGAUGGAUGACGGUACAGAUGAUUACAAGAUUAUCAUGCUCAAUAAAAGAUGUUUAAAUUUUCGAGUCAUCAAGGUGAACAAGGAGUGUGUUCGAGGAUUAUGGGCUGGCCAACUACAAGAAUUAAUAUUUCUUCGUAAUCGCAACCCUGAACGAGGUUCCAUACAAAAUGCUAAACAAGCACUACGUAACAUGAUCAAUUCUUCUUGUGACCAACCAAUUGGUUACCCCAUUUAUGUUUCACCUCUCACGACGUCAUACACAGAAACUAACCCGUUCUUUAGCAGCAUUUCCAUCGGAAGUGUCAACGGAAGAACUAUUAGAAGCUUCUUCCAAAGCUGUUAUCGUUCCAUAGUAGAUCAAUAUGCUGGUCAUUGCACCGGCAGUGAAAACGUCGAAAUAGAGAUCGAGAUGACAGAAACACCUCACAAUCCACCAGCAAAACCAACAUCUUCGUCAUCACGGGCUGGUAAAGGUCCAGUCCCAUUAAAAGGUUUAAAUCUGAGAACUGGUAGCUAUGCAUCAAUACCGACAUCCUCAAAUAACAGUUGCACGUCUACAUCGAGUCAAAGCGAGACACAAGCCGUGUAUUAUCCUAUCGAAGGUAAAGCGCGUUUACGCGACAUUACCCGCGUUACAGAAGCACUGAACAGUAAAAUUUUUUCUGAAUUAAAUUGGACUAACGUAUCUGCUUUGAAAGAUCGUGCUAACAUGGGGAGCUGGUUUGGAUGGUAUCCUCGGAAAAAUAUGGUGGGCGAUGUUCUUUAUCAUUGGGUGCCUGAACACGAGAACAUAGAGAGAAGAAGUCACGUGAGCAAAAAAAUAUACUUAUUAAAAAUCGAGAAUUAUAUUGUACCUGUUGUUGAAGACGGCGUAAUUUUAUUGGAUGAAAAUUUGCAUGAGAUGGAAGUUUAGUUGGGAAGGAAAAAAAAUAUUAUUUGUACUGAUAACUUCACAGAGUUUUUAUCGCCUGUGAUACGAAAGCACAUACAAGCUUGUGUGUAUUAAGAACAAUUUGUAAGAUAAUGUUGAGAAUUCAAAA